UCAGAAACCAGCCCAACUUUCUUUAAACAACAUCAUUAUUAACAGGGCUAAAGUGGGAAACAAGACUAACUAAAAUGCCUGCUUAUGGUCCCAUAGCGCUCCAACUUUCUGGAUCCUUGACUGGAAAAUACGACGGUAUCGUUUAACCGCCUCUCGCUAAUCGCUAUUCUUCUUCUUCUAGAAUUGGGACGAGGGUUAGGGUUUUCAAUCUGAAGCCUCACUCAUGGAAACCUUCAAGGAAGGAGAAGCCGGACUGCUUCACCAGAUCCUCCCUCCGCGCCUCGAAGACGCCGGCCUCGAGGACUGUGCCCUCCCGCCGGACUCCAUCAAGGAGGCAUUCCUCAAGGCCGCCACGGCCGUGAAGUCACGCGCCGCCUCCAUAUUCACCGCCUCCGAUGACGAAGAAACCGAAGGCGAGUGCGUCCAGGACCCGUGGCCCACCGCCAAGGGGGCCUCGGACGCGGUGGCCGGAUCGUAUCCGGAGCACGACGAUCCGGGACCCUGUGCCGCCGAGAAGGGAAGCGGAGUGCCCGGGGUUGGUAUCGAUGACGUCGUCGUCGGUGGCGAGGCUGACGCGAAGGACAGAGGGGAUGAUGUGGUGGUGGGAACGGAUGUGAGAGACGGUGGGAGAGCUUGUGUGCAAGGAUUGCAGGGUUUGGAGAUUGGAGAGGAGGCGCAGAAUGAUGGCGGCGAGGAUGAUGAGAAAGAAGGUAAAAAAAAGAAGCCAACUUUAACUGAGGGUUUUAUUUGAGAGAAAUUACUGUCAUCCCAUGGUUAUAAAGGUUGUUUGUUUUAGUUCCGGGGGCCUUAUUUAAUUAUGAGAAAAUUGUGGGAUAUGUUAAUUGGUUUCAAUAGGAAUUAGCAUAACCUUGUUGUACUAUCAACAAGCAAAUCAUCUAAAAUGUUCUUGUGUUCUUGGUCCAAAAACCAAUGGAGAAAAUGGGGGGGGGUGUAAGGCCAGGAUCAAUGCGAGUUUAUGUCUUGAUGGAAGGUUUUGAUUCAUGUCACUCUUUUGUAACCUCAUAUGUAAGAUCCUAAAAUGUAACUUUAUUAUGGUUUUAUGAAGUUCAUCUCGUACAUAAGUUGUCACCCAUUUUAAAACUUGCCAUUGUUUUUCAUUGCUCAUUCUUGCAAUGUGCUGCUGUCUGCAAGUUGUAAUUUGAAUAUUCAAUUAUCAAACAAGGCAAUGCAGUAGAUCACAUUA